UGCAACGCCAGUGUGGGUUGAGUACGUAGCACAGAAACAGCUUCAUCUACUUCAGGCUGUUGACGCUUACACCACAGUAGAUUGUUUAACCGCGUUUGCUUUAUUUGACCAAACAUAAUAAUGGACGGAAACAUUAGCAACAUCCAGGUGCUUCUUCGGGCUGCUGAGUUUCUGGAGCGAAAAGAGCGAGAGGCAGAACAUGGAUAUGCUUCCAUGCCUCUCAGUCCAGAAUUCUCUGACAAGAGAAGCAAACAGAGGAACAAAAAGAUGUCUGCUGGUGGUGGUGGCAAUAGGUCGGUUCACAACGAGCUGGAAAAAAACAGACGAGCUCAACUGAGGCACUGCCUGGAGGAGCUGAAGAAGCAAGUUCCUCUGUCAUCUGACUCGAUGAGGAACACCACGCUCAACCUGCUGAGACGAGCCCAACUUCACAUAAAGAAGCUGCAGGAGCAGGAUGAGCGUGCAGAGCAGCUAAAAGGCCGCCUGCGCUGGGAGCAGAGAGAGCUGCGGGUUCGGUUGGAGCUGCUGCAAAGAGGCACGGAGAGGAUGAGGAACGACAGUCAGGGGUCGACCAUGUCGUCCGAGAGGUCGGACUCCGACAGAGAGGAUGUGGAGGUCGACGUGGAAGGAAUCAUGUUCGACUGCGUGGACUCUGACGGACUGAGCAUUACGCAGACUGAUGCAGACCACUGUUAUUCCAGCAUGGAUAAUGCCUGGCUAUGACGGCAGUAAACCUACGCUAACUCGCUUAACGUCAGGAGGAGGAGAAAAACAUUCAAAAAACAAGCCAACGGAGGAAGAGGGAGAAUGGAGAAAAACGUUACUGUACAACUGAACACUUUUUUAAAACAGUAAUAACUUUUGACAUCAAAAUAUGUCAGACUACGAGCUAAAAAAUAGUUUUACAAAUGAACUGUGUCCAUUUUGCACUGAAUAGCAGUUAAAAUCACUGGGCUAGGAUGGAUGUAACAUUACGCAUAUAUAUAUAUUUUCUGGCAUUUCUUUCCUAAGCCACGACGUCUCUGUAACUUGAUGAUUCAAACAGUUCUACAUAUCAUCUUUAAGGGCUUUUUAAAAUCCAAAUGAGGGCUUUUUAUUUAAACCUCUUAAUUUAUUCUUUACUACAGUAUGUCAAUAGUAAAUUCUGCCUUAAAUCAGAUUUGGUCUAGUAUUCCAUACAGCUUUUCUUUAGCACUAAAUUCAUAUUUCCGUUAUGCCAUGUGUAGCAUGCACUUAAACAUUAAUCUAUGAUUUGUAUUAUCGUCCUAUUAUGUAAGGUCAGUCAUGUCUUUAUCUUCUGUUGCACAAAACGUCCACACAUUGCACUUGUUUUGUCUCAAAGAUGGCGUAUAUCAGAAAGAAAACAGUGAACCAAAACUGGCCAUAUUUGCACAUUUUAGUCUGGUAAUUAAGUAACUGGCAAAUAUUCAUUUGGUGUAUUUGUACACAAUCCAGUCUGUGAUCAAGUGCAAGAAUUUUGAUGCAUCGUGAGAGCAUAUGGAGAAGUAUUAUGGCAGUUUCUUCACUGCUAAUAUUAACUGGUCGUUUCCACAACUGUACACUCCAUUGCUUGUGCAUUUGUCAAUAUAAAAUGUCAAUUAUGCAUGCAACAUUCACCAGUCAGGCAGGUAAUGUCAACUUGUAGUAAUUAUGCUAUUUAUGCUGUAUUACAAGUAUGUAUCAUAUUCAUUGCUAUAUAUUUAAUAACUGAAGGUGCUUUUACCCUUCACUUUUGUAUAUGCAAGAUGCCUUAUUACAUUUUUUUAAUAGUAUGUACGCAUUAAUCUAUCUUUCCACCCAGUAAUAUAAUGUAGCAUUUUUGUACUGGUGCAAGCUUUUUUAUUGAAUAAAUAUUUUGUAUAUU